AUGGCUCUUAAAGAGGAUAAUAAAGUUGAUUGUGAAAUUGCAUAUAUAGAUGAAAUUUUUGACUUACCUCAACAAUGUUAUACAAAAGUUUUUGAACUUGCCAAAGUCCUAGUAAACAAAGCUGUUGAAUUAGAAUUAGAUGAUAAGUUAAUUGCAUU